AUGAAGGUGUGUCCUACCACUGUGUUGGGAGUAGUAGUGCUUUUCAUCGUUAUAUAUUUAGUUUCUGUUGGUUCUACUUUCAGAGAAAUAGGUAUCAAACCUCUAGGACUGAAGCCUCUGCCUCUGCUUGGCAACUUGCUGCAAAUGGAUCUCCAAAGACCCUACAAAACCCUGUGUCAGCUUUCCAAAAAAUAUGGGUGUGUAUUUACAGUUUAUUCUGGACCAAAGAAAGUGGUCGUCCUGGCUGGGCACAAGAUGGUCGAAGAGGCUAUGGUUAACUAUGCAGAUGAGUUUGGAGAUAGAGAAAUCACACAUAUAUUUGAUGAUAGAACCAAAGGCCAUGGAAUUCUGUUUUCAAAUGGGGAAACAUGGAAAGAUAUGCGUCAGUUUGCCCUCAUCACCCUCAGAGAGUUUGGGAUGGGCAAGAGAGUUGCUGAGGAGAAAAUCUUAGAGGAGUGUAGACAUCUCAUUCAAACGUUUGAGAAUGACAAAGGGAAACCGUUGAACACAUCACGCCCAAUAAAUUAUGCUAGAUCCAACAUCAGCUCCUCCAUCGUGUGUGGAAGCAGAUUUGAAUAUGAUGACCCUUCGAUUAAGAGAGCUGGUUAG